AUGUCUGGCAGAGACAGAGAUCGCGAUAGAGACAGAGCCCCGCGCUCCCAACCACAGCCAGCCGCUCGCACGAACGAGUAUUUCGUGCCUAAAAAUGGUAUCGAUAGGGAGGUCAUCACCGCCGACAUCUGUCGAUACCUGGGCAACGAUGCUCUCGUGCGGCCUGGCACCUACGAGGACCCCGUAACGCGAGUAGUCCAGCAGGGCUACUUCAUCACCGCAUACCGAAAUCUCACAACAGCAAUGAUUGCGGACCUCAAGCAAGAUUCGGAGAGAUGGGAUGCCGAGCGGCGUCAGACUGCUUCGCGAGGGCAGCCGUCAAAUGGUAUCUCUUCGCGGGACUCGAACGGUAUAGUUCGAAACUCUAACACGCCUAUAGUGGAGUAUCGUUCUUCCACAACACAUCAGUCUCGCCAGUAUUAUGGUCCCACGGAGGCUUCUUCAGGAGGCAGCCAGGGAUUUGGAGCCUCCCCAGGAUACACAGGCGCUGCAGUAAGCGCGCAACAGGGAGUAUAUGACAAUGGUUACCCUAGCCAGCCCAGCUAUGCCCAGCCAGCUCCAGGAUAUGCUCCCCAAGGAUAUCCCACCCAGGAUAACUACUAUGUUGCCGGAGCAGACUUAACCGUUGACCAGCAACGUUCAGGCCGUGCUCCCGUCCCGCAGUCCGGGACCAUCCCAAGGACAGGCCCAGCCCAAUAUGCAAAUCCUUCUUAUCAGCAGCCAGAUGCCAGAGGUUAUCCCGCCUACCCCUCUCAGUCUACUCCUUCUCCAGCUGCGUAUGCCCAGGGACCUUCACAGCAGCCGUCGGACCCCUUCUAUCCUCGUGGUGCGUACAAUCAAACGUCAUUUUCUGAACCUCCUCUCCGCAAACGAAAGCUCUCUAACAGUUCAGCUGCUGCCCAAACAGGUACUUAUGGUGACCCUACCCCGGAUAUGUAUGAUGGCCGCGGAUACCAGGAUGCAGGAGCCUAUAGUCAAGCCCAAAUCCCAAGUGCGACAGCCACUUCCGGAUCUUCCAGGCGUGACCGUGACCGGGACGCGGAUCGCGACAGUAGGCAUCACCGUAGCACCCGCCGUUAG